AUGGGAACGACGUCCCGCGGCCCCUCGAUAGGCUCGACUAAUCCUGAUGACUCGGACAGGUUCACACAUCUGACCCCAUCUGGAUAUCCAGGUUUCGUUGGUUCGAAUUGGUUCGACAAUUAUAGGGACAACAUCAGGACGCUACUACGUUCCUUCAUCGCGCCAUAUACUUCCUUCAUUGACCGGCGGAUCCAGGCAGCCCAGCUUCUUUCACCCGGAACUGCAUCGACAGUGCCGGAUUUCCCCAAUGAAAUCCUACUGCACUGUUUCACAUUCAUGACACUCGAGUCGCUCAUCGCCUCUCGAUGCGUCGGCACCGUCAUAAAUACAUCCUACUUUCUCGAGACCCGCCCAUCUCGACCCGACAUUCGACCGCGAGGCGUACAUUGCUGCCUUGGAUGCACAAGUGUCGACGUCCAUGUUCCGCCAGCCUUCCGUCUGCUCGUCCUCGAAUCGCCUGCACUCGCCGUUAUAGUCCCUCUGCCUCGGGCUUCCGUUCCUCGACUGUCGCAAAUAGAACGAGUGCAGUUGGGCUACCCCAGGGUUGCGUUUGUCUCUGCAGUACUCCUCUGA